AUGUCUGGAAGACAAUACUCUUUAUGGCCUGUAAUCUUGACGCCAUACAACCUCCCUCCGGAGAUGUGCAUGCAAAGAGAAUUUUUGUUCUUGAGUAUUCUAGUGCCUGGUCCAAAACAUCCAAAGCGAGCACUUGAUGUUUUUCUGCAACCCUUGAUCCAUGAGCUGAAGAUGUUGUGGCAUCAUGGCGUGCAGACAUUGGAUUACUCGCAGCAACAGAACUUUAAUAUGCGUGCAGUGCUUAUAUGGACCAUUAGUGACUUCCCCGCAUAUGGAAUGUUAUCGGGUUGGACCACACAUGGAAGAUUAUCAUGUCCAUAUUGUAUGGAUAGGACAGAUGCUUUUCAGCUGAAAAAUGGGAGGAAGUCAUGUUGGUUUGAUUGUCACCGUAGGUUUCUUCCGCCGCAUCAUACAUAUCGUAAGAACAAGAAAUUGUUUAGGAAAAACAAGGUAGUGCAUGUUCCUCCCCCAGUAAUGCAACCAGGAGCAUCUUUGUUAGAGCAGAUUGAUUAUUACGGUGCUAAGGAAACAUGUAAAGUUGGAGGAAAUUGGCACACUCCACCUAACAUGCCAGACGGGUAUACGGCAUCUCAUAAUUGGCAUAAGAAGAGCAUAUUUUGGGAACUUCCAUAUUGGAAGGAUCAUCUCUUAAGGCACAACCUUGAUGUGAUGCACAUAGAGAAGAAUGUUUUUGAGAAUAUCAUGAACACUCUUUUGGAUGUGAAGGGAAAGAGUAAAGAUAAUUUGAAAUCGAGGUUGGAUUUGCCAGAGUUAUGUGCAAGACCAGAGCUGCAUGUGACAAGAGAAGGAAAAUUACCAGUUCCGAAUUUUAGAUUGUCUGGGGUGGCGAAGCAAAAGUUGUUUGACUGGGUAAAUUCUGAUGUAAAGUUUCCAGAUGGAUAUGUGUCAAAAUUCUCAAGAUGCAUCGAGCAAGGAAAAAAAUUUUCUGGUAUGAAGAGUCACGACUGUCACGUUUUCAUGCAGCGGCUCCUACCGUUCGCAAUGACGGAGCUAUUACCGAAACAUGUUCAUGAAGCAAUAGCCGGUAAUAAAAGUGACUUUUAA